UCGCGCCGCCCUCAGCAGCCCGCCCUCCUCGGCCUGGCUCCAGGAGGCUGAUUUUCCAUUCGCUGACGAGAAAGUUCCAUGCCACUGUUUUCUCUCUCUCUUUUUCUGGAGUUAAAUUUGUUUGCAGAUGCUUGCAGCUCAUCUAUAGACGCCUGGAGUUAAGUUUGUUUGUAACUGGGCCCCAAAGCCCUGUUGCUUUCAAACGAAAAAGCGGAGCCACAGAGAACCCGCCCCGCCGCCGUGAGGCCCUUUGCCUUGCAGACCUGAGUCUGUCCAGGGUCGGUGGGGCUCGCACUGCUGUCACUCUGAGAGGCCAGCCCAGGAAGCCAAGGUCACUGGUGCCUGCAGCCAGCCCAGGAAGCACCAGAUCAGCGGCUGCAGGCGGUAAAAUGGCAUAGUCAUGCUCUGCCGUCGGUGUCCCCCGGCCCGUGCCCCCUCCUAGUCUCACCAGAAGCCACCCCGAUUGCAUCGUCCUCCUCUGCCUCCUCUUGAGCAUCCCAUCCCCUGCCCACCAGUCACCAUGGCAGCCUUGAUCGCAGAGAACUUCCGCUUCCUGUCUCUCUUCUUCAAGAGCAAGGAUGUGAUGAUUUUCAAUGGGCUGGUGGCCCUGGGCACGGUGGGCAGUCAGGAGCUGUUCUCCGUGGUGGCCUUCCACUGUCCCUGCUCGCCGGCCCGGAACUACCUGUAUGGGCUGACGGCCAUCGGCGUGCCUGCGCUGGCGCUCUUCCUCAUCGGAGUCAUCCUCAACAACCACACUUGGAACCUAGUCGCGGAGUGCCAGUAUCGGAGGGCCAAGAACUGCUCGGCCGCCCCCAACUUCCUUCUCCUGAGCUCCAUCCUGGGCCGCGCAGCUGUGGCUCCUGUCACCUGGUCUGUCAUCUCCCUGCUUCGAGGGGAGGCCUAUGUCUGUGCCCUCAGUGAGUUUGUGGACCCCUCCUCGCUCACAGCCGGGGAUGAAGGCUUCCCCUCAGCUCACGCCACGGAGAUCCUAGCCAGGUUCCCUUGCAGAGAGGGCCCUGCCAACCUGUCGGGCUUCCGAGAGGAGGUCAGCCGUAGGCUCAAGUAUGAGUCCCAGCUCUUUGGAUGGCUGCUCAUCGGUGUGGUGGCCAUCCUGGUGUUCCUGACCAAGUGCCUCAAGCACUACUGCUCGCCACUCAGCUACCGCCAGGAAGCCUACUGGGCACAGUACCGCACCAACGAGGACCAGCUGUUCCAGCGCACAGUGGAGGUGCAUUCCAGAGUGCUGGCUGCCAACAACGUGCGCCGUUUCUUUGGCUUCGUGGCCCUCAACAAGGACGAUGAAGAGCUGGUCGCCAAGUUCCCAGUGGAAGGCACACAGCCACGACCGCAGUGGAACGCUAUCACCGGGGUUUACUUGUACCGCGAGAACCAGGGCCUCCCACUCUAUAGCCGCCUGCACAAGUGGGCCCAGGGCCUGACAGGCAACGGCACAGCCCCUGACAACAUGGAGAUGGCCCUGCUCCCUCCCUAGGGCCUGCUUCCUUGUUCUCUGCAAGCGGCACUUCUUAGUCUCAAACACACUCUCCCGCACGCUCACUUCUGCACCAGAUUUUUCUGUUAACUCUAACGUCUUGGGCAUAGACCAAUGGGACAUAAAACAACUUAGAUGUUUGUGAGGAUCUUGUGGACAUGGUCCACAGAAACUGGGGACGGGGUGGGAUGAGUUGGAGGGACUGACUUCCCAGACCUGGGAUCUCCUGUGGCCACCAACACAUUGUUCACAGCUAUGGACUUUCCUAGAGCUGGUCCUUCACUAUGCCAUGGGUGAUCUUCGGUGGGCCUGCAAACGGAGAAGCAUCAGCUGGCAGAGCCUGGUGCCAGUCCAACCCACGGGGGGGGGGGGUCAUUAUUAUAUAGUACACUUCAUGCAGUUAACUUGUGUCUAAUUGCAUAGGGAUGCCCAGCUCCUGUGUGUACAGCUAGGAAGCUGCCUCCAUCGUAUACCUCUGGCCUAAUUUUAUAUAUUUAAACGUUUUGAUAAAGCUUUUCUUACUUUAAAA